AUGGUGAAAACGUCCGCCACGGCAACUGUUACACCUGAUAGUACGUCGCACGUAUCCCUAGACUACGCGCUUGAAGCGCAAGGUCUGGAGCAGAUCGGUGAUGGGAAGGAUCUUGUGCGCUGGGCUGCCACGAAUCCACGGCACCCCAGGAAUUGGAGUCCGCUCAGGAAGGCGUACGAUAUCACAAUCAUCAUCUUACUAGAAUUCUACACAACCGCCGUCAGCACAUCAGGGGCAACAGCUGCCAAGAAUGCACAGGAACAAUUAGGCAUUGACCCAACGAUAUCGUUGUUGCUAUACGUGUCAACGUAUCUACUCGCUCAGGGGAUUGGAAGUGUCGUCUUCCCUCCCUAUUCGGAAUGUUUCGGCCGAAAACGAUUAUAUGUGGUGAGCACGGUGAUGUAUAGUGUCUUUUGCGCCAUCAUUGGGGCGACCUCGCAUCCCGCCGCUGCAGCGGUUGGGCGUAUCAUCACCGGCUUUCUGUCGGCGGUUCCAAGUGUUGUCAUCGCUGGAAGUAUCGAAGACAUGUUCUCCACCCGAGAGCGCAUAUGGCUUACCCUACCAUAUAUAGCGGUUGCAGAUUUUGGCAUUGCGACUGGCCCGGUGAUGAGCACGUACAUCACGGCUGCUUGGGGAUGGCAAUGGGUCUUCUAUGUGGCGGCGAUUGUCACUGGCAUCCUGGCCAUUCUACUGUGUACAAUCCGAGAAUCCCGACCAACCCUCCUGCUGGAGCGAGAGGUGGCGCAACUGCGCAAAGUGACGGGAGAUGAAUCCCUAGAGGCCCUGAAUCCGGAUCGGGUUCUUGAUAUGGACACCUUCGUGCGCAAUGUCAUCUUUCGGCCCGCCCAAUUGCUCGUUUCGGAGCCGAUCAUCAUGGCGGUAUCGAUCGUCUGUGGUGUCUCUAGCGGCAUUAUCUAUCUAUUUACGGAUGUACUGCCACCCGUCUAUGCAUCGUUCGGCCUUUCGACAACAACCGCCAGCCUUCCGUUCCUCGCUAUCGGCUUCGGCUUUAUACCGAAUAUCUACACCCGCUUUCUAGAAUAUCGUAUGGCCAUCAAACGCAAGGCGAGGCACGAACCUGUUCUCCCAGAACAUAAGUUAGUUGGGUAUAUUAUUGCAGCCCCCGCCUUGAUGGGGGCACUGUGGUGGUUUGCGUGGACCAUACCCCCAGCGGCUCAUGUCCAUUGGUUUGUUUCGGUUGUUCCCUUGUUCUUCAUUGGAUUUGCUAUCAAUGAGUUCGGGAUUGUACUCGUGGGAUACAUGGCGGACAGCUAUCUCUCGUUCUCAGCCAGUGCCUUCGCCGCCCUCUGUCUAGUUCGAUGUGUCCUCGCCGCUUCAUUCCCCUUAUUUACUGGACGCAUGUUCGACGCCUUAGGCCCAAAUGUUGGAGUAUCUGUCCUGGCCGUUGUCGCUACCGUCUUCUGUGCCAUUGCACCUUUACUUCGGAUAUAUGGUGAACGACUGAGGAAGAGGAGCAAGUUUGCUUCAUACAGUCUCAAGGUUUACACGGAGAAUACGGUAGAGAAAAGCGGUCCUUGA